CAGAAGUAGUCUCUCCCGAGCUCCUCUGGUUCCACCGGCCCCGACCUCGACCACACUCUUCUGCUUCUCCAAGUCUUCCAAUCCACCCGCCUCUCCGCCGCGAAACCCUAGCCCCUCAGCCAUACCCCGUCGAGACCGCUGGCGGAUGGCGAAGGCCUGAUCGGCGCAGACAGCACCCCGUUCCCGCCCUCAGCCCCGCAUCUGAUGUUCCUCUCCCGCAUCGUCCUGCGCGACCUGGACUCCAUCGACUCCCCCGCCUCCAUGGCGACCUCGAAGAAGGUGGUGACGCGCGACGAGUGGGAGCGCAAGCUCCGCGACGUCAAGAUCCGCAAGGAGGACAUGAACCGCCUAGUCAUGAAUUUCCUCGUCACCGAGGGCUUCGUCGACGCCGCCGACAAGUUCCGCGUCGAGUCCGGCACCCAACCGGACAUCGACCUGGCCACCAUCACGGAUCGGAUGGAGGUGAAAAAAGCGGUUCAGUCAGGGAAUGUUCAGGAGGCAAUCGAGAAGAUCAACGAUCUUAACCCCACGAUUCUGGAUACAAAUCCCGAAUUAUACUUCCAUCUACAGCAGCAAAAGCUAAUAGAGUUGAUUCGUGUGGGGAAAAUAAAUGAAGCUUUGGAGUUUGCUCAAGAAGAACUUGCACCAAGAGGCGAAGAAAAUCAAGCCUUUCUUGAGGAAAUAGAGAAAACUGUAGCACUUUUGGUUUUUGAAGAUGUAAAAAACUGCCCAUAUGGUGAACUAUUGGACGUUUCUCAACGCUUAAAGACGGCAAGUGAAGUUAAUGCUGCCAUUCUUACAAGCCAAAGUCACGAGAAAGAUCCAAAGCUCCCCAGCCUGUUGAAGAUGCUGAUCUGGACUCAAAACCAGCUGAACGAGAAGGCAGCAUAUCCCCGGAUCAAUAACUUGUCCACCGCCGCACUGGAAGAUCCAGCAAUAUGAGCUGCUGCCCAAAGUGUUCAGUGUUGACUAUGGAGCUUAGGCACCACCAGCAGCCAUGUCUGCCUGUACACUCUCUGUCGUAGGUCGGUCCGUUACUUGUUGGUUCCAUCAGUGUUCUAGCGUAAUGAAAAAGAAAGACCGUCAGAUAGAUAAUCCUGCUCUCUCCUGUUGUAUAUGCUGUUCUCAUCACUUUUUUUUUUUUGAAGACAGAGAUAAAUGUUGCAUUUGAUUGUUGUUUACAAGCUAUGUGCUGUUGAGCCAUUGGCUCUUACGUGUUCCAA